GUUUUUUAAACUCGUGAAAACCGUUAAGUGACUCUUCCGUUGCAUUUUUGCUCAUCUCUUCGCUAACAGGAGACUGCUGGCUGCUGAGGGUCUGCUGGAAGAGGGUCCAGACAGAGAUUUCUAGCUUAGCAUUACCGGAGAGAAAAAGACUGCUACUGAAAUCUGCCACCAUGGAAUGGAAAGCUAUGGAAAUCAACCCUGAGAUGCUGAAUAAGGUGCUGGGCAAGUUGGGUGUCGGAGCAGACUGGCAGUUUGUGGACUUGUUGGGUUUGGAGGACGAGGCUUUGUCUGGAGUGCCCACGCCCUGCUGCGCCUUGAUGCUGCUGUUUCCUUUAACUCAACAGCACGAGGAGUUUCGCUCCAAGCAAUCAGUGGACAGUUGCGAAGGCGUCUACUUUCUGACUCAAACUGUGGUGAACUCCUGUGGAACUGUGGGAUUGCUGCAUGCUGUUGCCAACAAUCAGGACAAAAUGACUUUUGAAAAUGGUUCUACCCUAAAGAAGUUUCUAGAAGAAACAGCUGGGAUGUCCCCUGCAGAUCGUGCCAAACAGCUGGAAAAAAAUCAGGCAAUCCAGGAAGCUCAUGAUGAAGUUGCUGCUGAGGGACAGUGUCGUCCAGAGGCAGACAAAGUGAACUUUCACUUCAUCACAUUUGUCAAUGUGAAUGGUCAACUUUAUGAAUUCGAUGGCAGAAUGGAGGGGCCUGUGAAACAUGAUGCAACAACACCAGACAGCUUUGUCAUGGAUGCUGCAAAGGUGUGCCGCGGCUUUAUCGAGCGAGAGAAAGGAGAAGUCCGAUUCUCUGCUGUGGCUCUAUGCAAGGCCUAAAGGUGACCAAGACCAUGUGGCUGAGCGAGGAGCAACUGACCAAAAUGAAAACACUUCACUCUCCCUCCCUUUCAGGCCAGAGCACACAAGCCCUGCACAGUCUACCCAAAACUGCCUGUCUGCCUGCCGGUUAAUCUUACUCUGCUGUUUCUUUUACUAUCUCUGGCUUUCAAUCCGCAACAACUGCCAAGCUUUCUUUGUUUCUCUUGGUAUGUUGUAUUUGUAGUUUUUGCACAAGUGCCUUAACUGGCACUAGUUUUUUUUGUGAUUAAAAUUUUGUUCUAAAGAUGUCAUGUCAAACAUGUGAUGUUAAAGGUGGUUGGUUUGGACUUCAUGUCUAUAGUUCCACUGGUUAAAAUCUGGGCUGAGUGGUCUGGGAGUAUGGUGCUGGGUUUAGUUGAUAUAGCUGUGACGUGAAUAAUAGAUGACGUGGGAGUUGCCGUUCUCUUUUAUUCCAGAACUCUGUUGCCUCUUUAAGCCCAAGCACUUUGUGUGUGUGUGUGUGUGUGUGUGUGUGUGUGUGUGUGUGUGUGUGUGUGUGUGUGUGUGUGUGUGUGUUGCACCUGCGCAGACAUUUUGUUGCACACAGAGAAUCUGUCUCCGUUGCUGUGUUUACUGCUAAUGUAGACUGCAUUGAAAAUAAACAUAAUUCACUGGAUAAUGACUCU